GGGCUGCUGCUCUAUAAAUAGCUGCCUGGCCGUCCUCCUGUCCUAGAGUGACUGACAGCAGGACGGGGUCUCCAGCCAGCAGGAUGACAGCUCAGUCUCCGGUCUCCUCCUCCUCCUCCUCCUCCUCCUCCUCCUCCUCCUCCUCCGGCAGCAGGGAGCUGGUGUACGGCUUCCUCUCCCUCAGCCUGGCCGUGCUGCUGUACGGGAGCUACCUGGUGCCCAUGAGGAGGGCCGACCCCCGCGACGGGAUGUUCUUCCAGUGGGUGAUGUGCGCGGCCGUGUGGUCGACCGCAAAGCUGGGCGACCUGCUGCUGGGGUCACCGCCGGCCCCGCCCCUCGCCCUACUGGGGGGCGUGGCCUGGGCCACAGGUAACAUGGCGGUGGUCCCCACGGUGGAGGCCGUCGGUCUGGGUCUGUGUGUCCUCCUCUCUGGUUCCAGCAGCCUGUUGAUGGGCUGGGCCAGCUCCAGGUUCGGCUGGUUCGGGGUCUCUCCUGAGGAGGUCUCCAGGCCGCUGCUCAACUACUGCGGAGCCGGACUCUGUCUGGUCAGCGGGGUCAUCUUCUUCUUUGUGAAAACCAACGUGGCCACGGAGAGCGCCGAUUCCAGUCCCCUACUACCGACUAACGGGGUGAGUCCACUACCUUCCCCCCCCAUCCCCUCCCCGGGUACCUUAGGUCCAGUGGGUUGUACUGGUCCAGUGGGUUGUACUGGUCCAGUGGUGUACCUGGUCCAGUGGCCUAACAUGGGGUGUGUUGUGGUCCCUGUUCCACAGGGGUACUGCUCUGGGAGGGGGUCUGCUGACGCCCGGACGGGGCUGAAGGCGGUCCGACCAGAGAUCAGGAGACUCAUAGGCUUUCUGCUGGCGGUGGCGUCCGGCCUUCUCUACGGCUCCUCCUUCGUCCCCGUCCUCUACAUCAAGGAGCACGCGCUGCUCAACGGCUCCGCCUACCACGGCGCCAGCACGCACGACGUGGACUACGUCUAUGCUCAGUGUUCCGGGGUCUUCCUCACCAGCACCGUCUACUUCCUCAUCUACUGCAUCGUGAAACGCAACCGACCGCACGUCCUGCCCUCCCUGGUCCUACCAGCCCUGCUGUGUGGCGUCAUGUGGACCCUGGGCACCUUCUGCUGGUUCCUGGCCAGCAGCUUCCUGAGUGCCGUCGUUACCUUCCCCAUCCUCAGUGCUGGGUACGGUCUAGUCGCUGCCCUCUGGGGGUCCUUGGUCUUCAAGGAGGUGACGGGUCCAGCCAACAUCCUGGUCCUCGCCCUGGCCUCUGCCGUGGUUCUAGCGGGUUCCCUGCUGACCGCCGUCUCCAAGAUCUGACGGCAGAACCCAUCCCGCCAGUAGGGCGGAGGGGCCCGGGGCCGCAGGGCUCGCCCCCCUGGUCCCAGUCCGGCGGGGUGCUAGGUGACAAUAAUAAGCUGGUGGUUGACUGUUGCUAAACAGCCUGGUGACUGUUGCUAAACUGCUGGGUGACUGUUGCUAAACUGCUGGGGGACUGUUGCUAGACUCCCAGGUGACUGUUGCUAAGCUGCCGGAUGACUGUUGUUAAGCUGCCGGGUGACUGUUGCUAACCUGCUAGGUGACUGUUGUUAAGCUGCCGGGUGACUGUUGCUAACCUGCCGGGUGACGGUUGUUAAGCUGCUGGGUGACUGUUGCUAAACUGCCGGGUGACUGUUGCUAAGCUGCCGGGUGACUGUUGCUAAGCUGCCGGGUGACUGUUGCUAACCUGCUGGCUGCUCUUCCUGUAGAUGUAGGUCGUGUCAGGCCGUCCUGACCUGGCUGUCAAACACAAAUGAUCGCAGGAGACGCAGUCUCCCAUCGGUUCCUGUUAUUAAAAUAUUGUUUGUUUGUACACUUCCGUCUGGCUCGUUUUUUCAGCAUCACCCACUGCUCCCCUC